AUGACUUCAAUUCUUUUCACGUUAAUCUGCUUGACGGUACCGGCUGUUUUGACUGCGCCAAGAAACGGUCGUCAAAUCACGCCAAGCACAUCCUCAAUUGUCACCGAUUCGAUUUUUAUCGAUCCGAUCGUCACCGAUUCGAUCGUCAUCGAUCCGAUUGUCACAAAUUCAAUUGAUGGAUCGAUCACUGAUCCAUCAAUUCAGCCAUGUCCAUUGUCCAUGUGUCCGCAUCCAGGAAUGAGACUUCCUGAUGAAUCUUCUUCAACAAGCCCCUGCUAUUGUCCCCCACUUCCUGAUCCGAUGAUCGUCGAGUACACAACAAUGAGCCCUCUUCCAAUGAAA